AUGCAGAUUACGAAUCACACCGAUCUCUAUAGCAACAAGAUACUGGGUGUUGAGAGGAAGCGACAAGGCCUCGGAUACGAGCUCACUCGCCAGCUUUCCAGCCACCGUAGCAACACCGUCGUCGGUAUCGUGCGAGAUAAGCCUGCGACUAUCACCAAGAUUUCUCGGGAUGAAGAGCUGAACCGACGUUCCAACAUCCAUGUCAUUGAAGCCGACUUGACGGAUUACGAUGCUCUGAAGGGCGCCGUGAGCGAAACUGCCAAGAUAACUGGCGGGAGCAUCGACUACCUCAUCGCCAACGCAGCAUACGUCUCGAAGUUUGACACAUUUGACCCUCUCGGAUCUCUUACUGAUCCUGCUAGGGGGAAUACCCCGAAGGAGCUUGAACUGGAUCUUAAGAUGCUUUUUGACGUCAACGUCGUUGCCAACAUUCACCUCUUCAACCUCUUCAUCCCCCUUAUCCUCAAAGGCAAAGAGAAGAAAGUAGUGACUAUCUCCACUGGCCUCGCUGACCUGGAAUUCACCAACAACUUCGAGCAUGAGUUUACACCGCUGUACUCCAUCAGCAAGGCCGCUAUGAACAUGGCAGUCGCCAAGUUCAACGCCGAGUAUAAAAAAGACGGUGUUCUGUUCCUGAGUGUAUGCCCUGGAAUGGUUGACGUUGGCCAAUUCAAUCAUGCGACUCCACAGCAGAUGGAGGCGAUGGGGGGGAUGAUGGCCAAGUUCAAAGAGUAUGCUCCGCAUUUCACUGGCCCGGCGACAGCGGAAGCUGCUGUUAAAGACAUGAGAGCCGUGUGGGAAAAGGCAACUAUUGAGGGCGGUUAUGGCGGUGCCUAUCUUUCUCAGUUUGGUAACAAGCAGUGGCUAUGA